GCCCUUUCAUUCUCUCUUUCUCUCUAAGCGUCUAAUCUCUCUCUCUCUCUACUUUCAAAAAUUUAUUAUAUCUUUGAUUAAAAAAGAGAUACAUAUAAAAAUAUUCAUCUCUCGUUAAAUUAUCCUCUCAUCCGGUUUUUUCAAACUUACUGUUUCACCGCAGUACUUAUAUUAUUUACACAUUGCUGACGUGGCGUCCAUCCAAUAACAAACGGCCAUGAAUACUAAAACGAUGCGUCUUCCGCCACGUCGUAUGCUGACGUCAGACAAACGAAUUCUCCCAAACGUCGUCGUCACCGAUAAACCAACGGAAACCGCCGUAACAAAUCCACCACAACCACCGCCGCCGCCGUCGAUGAAAUCUAUCCUCAAGAAAACUCCGACGGCGGCCGAGUCGGCCGGUUCGAAGCAGCUCCUUGCCGGUUAUUUGGCGCACGAGUAUCUCAACAAAGGCACAUUCUUCGGAGAGCAGUGGAAUCCGACCCGAUCCGAAUCCGAAUCGAGGAAGAGUGAGGCGAUGGAUGAAAUAGAGGUGAGUGAGCAUAAACGGAGGAGAUACGUGGAGGUAGCUGAUAUACUCAAGGUAGACGGGGCCUUCAUGCCAGGUAUCAUCAACCCUUCACAACUUGCCCAAUCACUUAAACUGUGAUGUCGUAAAUCCACGUGGAGGAAUGAGACUGGCUUGUCCACCGGGAAAUCAAGAAGCGUCGUUCACAGAAACAUUCCUCCUCUCUCUGACGCGAAAAUGUUAGUUUUUUUGUUGUUGUUGUUGUGUUUGUAGUACUGUCAUAUAAAUCUGGUUUGUUAUCAAUUAGCCAACGGAUUAAUAAAUCGAUCGCCGAUUUUAAAACCAAUUAUGCGAAAUGUGUUUCCCAUUUGCAUGAAUAAAUAUAUAUUGAUGUUUUGAUUUUGUUUGUUGUUUGGUUAUUUG